AUGCUUGAUGUCAACAUCGCGAGUCUACCUGCUCCCUUCUCUUCACCUGCCCUUCCGUCGGCGUCGAGCGACAUCUCCAUCAAGAUCCCCACGUGCGGCAAGCUUUUCAGGUACCCUUUCGUCCUCAGACUCCUCACCUUCCUCCCCAUCUUCAUCAUCGUUUUCCUCAGUCCCUGCCCUAUCGGUUUCCAACUCCCCGGCUGGCAGCCCAUCUUCCCCCGUCUCUCCGCGGACCCCGGGAUUUUCUGGCCGCCGAUUAUCGCCAAGAGCUUCGUAGGUCGCCAUGGCCGUGCAUACCUCGUCGCCCCUCCCCCUCCUUCUGUGAAGCGAUCCCAGAUUAGCUCCCGAAGUAGCAGCAGUGGCAAUACCGGCAGUAACAGCGAUGGCAGAGGUAGUGUGGACAGUUCCUCUUCUUCAUCAAAUGCUUUCAAUCAAGGAUACCAAUCCGUAGACCGCAACCUUGUCAAUAUCACUGUCGGCAAACACGAAGAACGACAGCUCGUUACUGGCAUGCACACCGUUGCAGACAUCAGUUGCGCCGGGUGUGGUACUGUCGUUGGCUGGAAGUAUAUUGAUGCUCAAGACGAACGACAAAAAUACAAGGUUGGCAAGUUUAUCCUGGAGACACGAAGGGUCAUUGGCUUUCACAGCUGGGAGGACAUCGAGGAGAGUAAUGAGAUUAUGCUGCCGCAUGAAAAGAAGUCCGGUCAUAAUGGCGAAGAUGAUUCAGACAGCAUAAUCGUGUUCGAUUCAGAUGAUGAGGAUGAGUUAGAAGACAUCUUUACGGCUGUUUGGGAUCCUGUUGUCGUUGCUGAGCAUCGCAGAAGCAGGACUGCAAGCAUGAGUCGGGAGAACAGCGGUAUGUUCUACUAG